AUGAUUACAAUAUUAUUAGUUAAGUGUAAUGACAGUCAAAAUAGUCUGACAAUUGUUGACCAAAAUAAUGAUGAAGAAAGUGGCGAACAAUUGAAUGAUUACAUCGAUGAUGAAGAAACAGAAUUUGUUGCAACCGAUGAAUGGCAACCAAUACGUAGAGGUCAAGUCCUACCGGCAGGUCUUCACGUUAGACUUAAUCUUCAAACGGGUCUUAAAGAGGCUAAACUUAUCAAUAAAAGAGAUGAUAAUAAUGUUAUUGACGGAUCAAAUGAUAACAAUAUACAAGUUAUUGACAAACACAAGAAACUUGUUGUUAAUGAGAAAAAUGAUAAAUUGAAAGUUAAUAUAAUUCGUGAUCAGAUAAAACAAGUUAUAGAAAACAUGAAAUUUGGUAAAAACGACAAUUUUAUUAGGGAUGAGAUGAAGACUCGUGAAAAAUCUUCUGAAAAAUUUCGAACAAUGGAUGAAAUUAAGAAAGAUUUCGAUGCCAUGAAUGUUAAUAUUCGAUCGGAAAGUGAAAUCCUUAAGAUUUUAAUCAAUAGAUAUACUUCGGCGACCAUUGAAGACAAGUUGACUUUAUUAACAGAUAUGGAGUUUUUAGUUCACUCUAUAGAUAUCGGACGCGAUUUAAUUGAUUUGAAAGCCAUCCCAUUAUUACUAUCUGAUCUUAAUUCAACUGAUAAUCAAUUGCGAGCUCAGAUAGCUUUUACAUUAGGAUCGGCCAUGAAUUCUAAUCCUAAGGUUCAGUUACAAGUACUUCAAAAUGGAGGUCUCAAAAAGUUUCUGCUUUUAUUACAAUCUGAUCCGUCUUUUAAUGUUAAGAAAAGAGUUGUUUUUGCUAUCUCUUCAUUAGUCCGUCACUUUCCAAGAGCUCAGAAAUCUUUAGUUGAAGAAUACGGAGCACUCACUAUAUUUGCUAAUUUUUUUAAAACUAUUGAUAAUAAUUCAAUUAAAUUGUGUGUUAAAGUUAUUACAUUAUUAAAUGAUCUCUUAAUUGAAAAAAAGAUGGCUUUAAAAUAUGCGACAAAUGAUAAGUUAACUCAACUUAAAGCCCAACAGUAUUAUGACAUAGAAUUAAAUUAUGCCAUUAUUAACAACAAAUUUUGUCAAUUAGUACCACAACUAUUGAAUUUACCCGACACUGAUGUCCGCGAAAAGACCAUUGAAGCUAUGGAUUCGUUAUCAGUUGUUUGUAAAAAUGAUUUUAAAACAAGUUUGCCUACACUUCAUAAAAUUUCUGAUAACUUGAAAAGUUUAUCAACAACUGACUCUUUUGAUGAA